AUGCAGCCAGGUAUGCAGCAGCAGCUGCAGCAACCGCAGCUGCAGCUGCAGCAGCAGCAGCUACAGCAACAGCAGCUGCAGCAGCAACAGCUGCAGCAACAGCAGCUGCAGCAGCAACACCUGCAGCAGCAGCAACUUCAGCAGCACCAACUGCAGCAGCAGCCUAUGGCGAUGCUGCCACUCAAGCCUGAGCCCACUGCUGCAGUGCUGCCAACGCAUGCAGCGCAGCAGCAGCGCAUGGCUCUGCAGCAGCGGCAGCUCCCGCUGCAGCCGCCGCAGCAGCUGCAGCAGCUGCAGCUGCAGCAGCAGCAGCAGCAGCAGCAGCAGCAAAUGCAGCAAGCCCGCCAGGGUGCCCAAAGGAACGUAGAGCCGAAGCACGUGCUGCUGCUGCUGCAGCGCAUGGCUGAAGCAGACCCGGCCCGGUUUCAGGGCGUGGAGCUGCCGCAGACGGGCGGCAGGUCUGUGGCGACUUUGCUGCAGUCGUUGGAGCAGCGGGGAAUUGUGAGGGUUCAGGAUGUUUUGAAGGGGGCUUACGAGCUGGCCAAGCAGCAGCAGCAGCAGCAGCAGCAGCAGCAGCAGCAGCAGCAGCAGCCGGCGGUGAAGGUGCAGCAGCCGCAGCAGCAGCCGCAGCAGCAGCCGCUCGCGAAGUCCCAGCUGCACCUGCAGCUUCAGCAGCAGCAGCAGCAGCAGCAAGACCGCCCGCUGGCGAUGGCGCAGCAGCAGCAGCGCAUGCCGCAGCAGAGCGACGCAGCAGCAGGAGUAGCAGCAGCAGCAAAUCGGGGCAGAAUGCCUCCUGCUGCUGCUGCUGCUGCUGCUACUGAAGCAACGGCGAAUGCAGCAGCAAUGCACGCACCCCUGCUGCCUGACCAUGAGACGCUGGCGAAAGUUGCAGCUUACCCGCGAGACAGGCAGGUUGACUUGAUUGCUCGUCUGCUGCAGAAGCCCCGAGGCCCUCAGGUGGUGCAGCAGCUGCAGCUAGCUGGCCAUGUUGCUGCUGACGUGUGUGCCGAAGCUAUGGCUAGCUGCGCGGGCAGCGCGCAGCAGCAGCAGCAGCAGCAGCAGCUGAGACAGCGGCAGGCGCAGCAGCAAGCGCAGCAGCAGGCGCAGCAGCAGCAGCAACAGCAGCAGCAGUACCAGCAACAGCAGCAGCAGCAACAGCGGCUGCAGCACAUUCGGCCGCAGGCCGCUGACUCCCAAAUGCCUUCAGUGAAACGGCCCCGCGUGGAAGACAGCAGCAGCCGCAGCAGCAGCAGCAACAGAAGCAGCAGCAGCAGCAGCAGCAGCGGCAGCGGCAGCAGCAGCAGCAGCAACUAUCUGAUUGCUGCAGACUACAGCACAGAGGGAGAGCGGCGCACAUUCAGGCCGCAGCUGCUGCGGCAGCGCCCAAAGUUUAUAAGUGUUAUAAGGAAGCAUCUGCCGCUGGCUGGGGAUGAGCAGCAGCAGCAGCAGCAGCAGCAGCAGCGAAGGGGGUGGUCUUGGGUGCCCAGCGCGCCUGCUGCGCAGGUGCUGCAGCAGCAGCAGCAACUGCGUCAGCUGCUGCAGCAAGAGCUGCAGCAGCAGCACAUAAUGCGGCCCGUCACCGCUUCUGCGGCGACUCUUGCGCAGCAGCAGCAGAUGCAGCAGCAGCAGCAACUGCUGCAGCAGCAGCAGGAGCAGCAGCAGCAGGGCAUGCUGCGCCUCUACCUGCAGCGCAGGCUGCAGCAAAUCAUGAGGCGGGCUGGCUGCCUCAGCGGCUUGGCUGUUGUUGCUGCUGACGAAGCAGCAAUUGUAGAUCGGCUGCUGGAGGCUUUGCAUCUGAGACUCACGCUGCUGUCCCCUUGUCUGGAAGCAAUUUCCCAGUACAGAGUUGACCGAAUGCUCACGCGGCUAAUGCAGGGCGGCAGGAGCAGCAGCAGCAGCAGCAGCGACGACGCAGAAGCAGGCGUUGCUGCUGAGUGGGGCACUGCAGCAGCAGCAGCAGCAGCAACAGGCGCGCAUUCGCGGAAGCCGCAGCAGCAAAACACUCUCGGCCUCAAGCCGCAGCUGAGUUUCUCCGUCUUAGCUGAGCUGUUUCUGCGUAGGGAAAGCGACCAGCAGUUGGCAGAGAGACUGCACCGCCUAAAUGAGGGACGUCGCAGAGUGAAGCACCGGCUUAAGGCUCGAGGAGGUUCGGGGGGAGGCCAAGCAUGCAAAACAGACGAGGCGGACGCGUCAGCGAGCAUGGGGGUAUCUGCAGCAGCAGCAGCAGCAGCAGCAGCAGCCGACUCUGUUGCUGCUGCAGGCAGCAGUAGAGGGCCAUCGGGCUUUGGUGAGGGGCAGCAGCAGCCGCAGCAGCAACAGAGACCAGAAGAAGUAGCUCUGGAAAAAGCCCAAGAGUUUGCAGAGGUUGCUCACAGCCAACGGCUGCUGCUGCUGCGGCUAACGCCUUUAGAUCUUCGGAUGCUGCUGCAAAUCCCAGCAGCAGGAAGCAUCAUUCCUCUCUCCUUUAGGAAUCGUUUGCUGCAGUUUUUAGAGCUGCUGCACUUCGACCUACAGGCAGAGCCCCCGCGGCUGCCUCCUGCUGCUGUUCGUCUUGCUGCUGCACCUCCUUCUACGCCGCUGCAGCAAAUGGCGUUCUCGCAGCAGCAGCAGCAGCAGCAACAGCAGCAACAGCACUACUUCCAGCACCACAUGCAGCAGCAGCAGUCUGCUGCUGCUGCUGCGAGCAGGCAGCACCUGGCGCAUGCAGCCAACGCAGCAGCGUCCAGCGCUCCUGCUGCAGCUCCCCUAGUGCCGACAGCAGCAGCAGCAAAUCUUGCUGCUGCUGCUGCUGCUCAAGCAGCUGGCGAGGGCGCCUCUCGGGUCCACGAGUCUGCAGCAACUGCUGCUGCUGCUGCUCCUUCUGGGGGCGGCGCGGCGGGCGUGACGCCGGCGAGCUCCGCAGCAGCAGCACCAGCAGCAGCAGCAGCAGCAGCAGCACCUGCUGCUGCUUCCCAGGCCACUCCUGGGGCCGGCUCGGGGGGCUCUCAGCCUGCUGAGCCAAAGAAAAGGGGGGGCGGAGUUGCAACAAAGAACAGAAACCGGAAGAAAGCUGCUGCUGCUGCUGCUGUUGCUGCAAUUGUGCUCGAAGCAGAAGACAAGAAGCGUGCUGCGCUGCUGCAGCAGCAGCAAGAGCUCUUUAUGCAGCAGCACGGGCUCAACCCUGCCUUCCACGAGCAGUUUUUUGGGCCGCACGUCAGUGCCCAGACGCAGGAGCAGCUGCUGCAGCAGCAGCAGCAGCAGCAGGAGCAGCUGCAUCAGCUACAGCAGCACUUGCUGCGAGGCUGCAGCGCCAGCGCCCAUGCGCUGCAGCAGCACCAGCUGCAGCAGCAGCGAACCGCGGAGGAGGUGCAGCGCCACCGCGCGGCUGCGGCUGCUGCUGCUGCUGCUGCUGCUGCCUCAGUGUCUGCUGCUGCUGCUGGUGCGGGCCUGCCGGGAGCGGGGCACCCGCUGCAGCAGCAGCACGCAGCAGCAGUAACUGCCGCAGCAGCAACAGCAGCAGCAGCCCGCGACAAACGGCAGCAGCAAGCCUCCCUGCCGCGCUUCGCAGACUCAAUAGCAGCAGCAGGAGGGACAUCAGAGCUUCUUAUUCCAGAAGUAGACGAGGAGGACUUCCUUUGA